CUUCUCCGCGCACCAGCCACGCCAGCGACCAUUCCCUGAAUCUCCCAUCCAAGCGAGAGACGCCCUGAGCAUCCAUCCAAAGGAGGAAUAUCUCUGUCACGGCUGUAUUGAAAGGUGGACUCGCUGUUCCUCGUACUCGUAGAACAUGUCUUACCAAGGCAAAAAGAACAUCCCGAAGAUCACGAGCGAAAGGCUUCUGAUCAAAGGCGGGAGGAUCGUCAACGAUGAUCAGUCCUUCCAUGCCGACAUCUACAUGGAGGAUGGAGUCAUCAAGCAGAUCGGAGACAACCUGAUCGUGCCGGGCGGCGUGAAGACCGUAGAGGCCAAUGGGAAGAUGGUCAUCCCCGGGGGGAUCGACAUCCACACCCACUUCCAGAUGCCGUACCGCGGCACCACCACCGUGGACGACUUCAACCAGGGCUCCAAGGCCGCGCUGGCCGGGGGCACCACCAUGAUCGUGGACCAUGUGAUCCCGGAGCCUGGCAGCAGUCUGAUCGAGGCGUACGACCAGUGGAAGCAGUGGGCCGACGAGAAGUCCUGCUGUGACUACGCCCUCCACGUGGACAUCACCCACUGGGAUGACAGCGUCAAGCAGGAAGUGGAGACCCUCAUCAAAGAAAAAGGUGUGAACUCCUUCCAGGUGUACAUGGCGUACAAGGACUACUACCAGAUGUCCAACAAAGAGCUGUACGAGAUCUGCUCCUUCCUGGCAGAGCACGGAGGAAUCGCUCAAGUGCAUGCUGAGAACGGAGACCUCAUCGCCGAGGAGCAAGCACGCAUGCUUCAGAUGGGCAUCACCGGACCGGAGGGCCAUGUGCUCAGCAGGCCAGAGGAGCUGGAGGCGGAGGCGGUGUUCCGAGCCAUCACCAUUGCCAGCCAGACCAACUGCCCGCUCUACGUUACCAAGGUGAUGAGCAAGAGUGCUGCCGACGUCAUCUCCCAAGCCAGGAAAAAAGGAAAUGUGGUGUUUGGGGAGCCAAUCACGGCCAGUCUGGGGACUGACGGGACACAUUAUUGGAGCAAGAACUGGGCAAAGGCCGCCUCUUUUGUGACAGCCCCGCCCCUCAGCCCUGACCCUACGACCCCUGACUAUCUGAACACGCUGCUUGCCAGUGGGGACCUUAACGUUACUGGCAGUGCCCACUGCACCUUUAGUGUGGCGCAGAAGGCCAUCGGUAAGGACGACUUCACCCAGAUCCCCGAGGGGGUGAACGGGACCGAGGAGAGGAUGGCCCUUAUCUGGGACAAGGCUGUGACCACGGGCAAGAUGGACGAGAACAUGUUUGUGGCGGUGACCAGCACCAACGCAGCCAAGAUCCUGAACCUGUACCCGCGCAAGGGCCGGGUCGCCGUGGGCUCCGACGCAGACCUGGUCAUCUGGGACGCGGACUCGGUGCGCACCGUGUCGGCCAAGACACACAACUCGGAGGCGGAGUACAACGUGUUCGAGGGCAUGGAGCUCCGCGGCGCCCCCCUGGUGGUCGUCUGCCAGGGCAAGAUCGUGCUGGAGGACGGCACCAUGCACGUCAUCUCCGGCUCGGGCCGCUUCAUCCCCUGCACCCCCUUCCCUGACUUCGCCUACAAGCGCAUCAAGGCCAGGAAGCAGCUGGCGGUGUUGCGGGCCGUUCCCAGGGGCCUGUACGACGGGCCGGUGUCUGAGUUCUCGCCCAUGUCCCGCGGCGGGACCCCGUCCGCCUCGGCCCGCACCUCCCCCACCAAGCCGCCCGUGAGGAACCUGCACCACUCUGGAUUUAGCCUAGCAGGUAACCCUGCGUUACGCGGCCCAACUACUCCAGAUGACAUCCCCAUCAGGCCCGCUGGCCGACGUGUCAUGGUGCCCCCUGGUGGCCGCUCCAACAUUACAUCCCUCAGCUAAAUGUCUGUUAGAAAAAAAAACGUGAGACGGGGGGUGCAAGCAGGAACACAAGUGCAGCAAGUGGGGAAGAGGGGCGGGAGGGAAGGGAGGGAGUGUGGUGGGAGGGGAGGGAGGGAGGGUGGGUUAGUUAAAAGAAUAGCGAAACACUGAAUCCUCAUGCCUUUACCUGUCCAAAUGCUACCUUUGCUCGGAGGAGAACAGUAUUCCUUUUCCUGUGGACAGUCAACCCUCAUAGGGCCCAGGGAGCAAGUCCCGCGUCCUGGAUAGAUAAAACACCCAUGAGGUCAGAGGUGAACCAAAACACUGGUCACAAAUGCCCAUUUUUUUCUGUGUCACUAUAUGUUUCAGAGAAAAUAUUCAAACGGCCAGAUGCAAUGUUGUUUUUCCAUGACAAGCCUAGAUUUCAAACACCCCUUUAAGGACAGCUCCUUUGCCAUUGAACUCCAUACCGUUACAUUUGUUCUGGCAACAGAGCGAACCAGGUGGGCUCUCUUAAGGAAAAGGGAUUCUGGUUAUCUCAGAGCGAUGCUGUGCUUCUUCCAUCCCAGUCCGGUUCCAUUGUCAACCCGUGGGUUUGUUGCCUGACGUCUGAAAAAAAAAGCAUUCUGAAUAAACAGUAUACCCCUUCCACUAGCAAACGUAAUCACAUGUAGUACCGUUGUUUGGCCCUAGGUGGCAUCGUGACUGUUGUAUUGUAGUUUAGUGAGUGGUGUGUUGAAGGCUGUGUGGGGUCUGGGAGCAGCAUGUGUUGUGAGGGCGCGUGGGCCUGCAUGGGCUUCAAAGGCGACAUGGUCCAUGGUCCUAUACACUCUUUUUCAUGUCCUAAUUAGCUCCCCAAGAGUUAGCCCCCAAACAAGAAUUGAUGGAUUAUUAUAACAAAUGUAAGUAAACACUUCUUGCUUCUAGUCUCAUCAUCAUCAGGUUGUACUUCUCCCUUUUGGACGGUUUAAAAUAUUCUGCUAUCAUGGAAUAAAAUGUAAUUUCAGUCUUAAAACAAUCUCUGUUUUCUACAGGAUAUUGUGUAUUUUUGCCAAAUGCCUCCCCGAGCUCUCCAGGGUCAAUUGUGUAUUAAAUGCAAGUAAAUUGGAGAACUCCAGACCUCUAUUUAGUUGUUCCUGUCCACCCUAGUUUAGGCAGAGGAUCACUGUGUGCUCACAACCAACAGCGGGGGACCUUUGAUGUGUUUUGUCGGCCUUGUUGAGGAGAAUACGAGUGGAGAUGUGACAGGAAGGGAGAGGGUGCGGUGGGUAUGGGGUGUUUAUUGGCUGAUCCGAAGUGGUGGUUUUAUUGUAUUUAUCUUUGUAACUUUUAUUCUUUUUUUUUUUUUUACUGUUGUAUCAAAAUCCAGAGAUGGCAGGUCAAAAAAGAGGUGUGUUGAUUCUUGAAAUAAAUAUAAAUUGCAAC